AUGGAACUCCAAGCUUCAUUUUGCUUUCUCUUCUUCACCUUCACCGCCGUUUUCUCCCUCUUCUCUUUAUCUCUCUUCAUCCUCCGUCUCAAGCCCUGCUGCAACUGCGACGUCUGCACCGCCUUCAUCAAUCGGAGCUGGGCGGCUGAGUUCGUUAAUCUUUCGGACUGGUACACACACCUCCUCCGUAAAUCUCCCACCGGAACCAUCCAUCUUCACGUACUCAAUAACAUCAUCACCGCCAACCCAGAUAACGUUGAGUACAUGAUCAAGACCAAUUUUGAUAACUAUCCAAAAGGCAAAGCUUUUUCCGCCAUUCUCGGAGACCUCCUUGGCAGAGGUAUUUUCAAUGUCGACGGUAAUUGCUGGAGGUUCCAGAGGAAAAUGGCGAGUUUGGAACUUGGGAGUUUGUCUAUUAGAUCGCACGCUUUGAGUGUUGUGGUAGAAGAGAUAGAAUCCAGGCUUAUUCCAUUCUUUUCGUCGGUGGCCGAUAAAGACGGUGACGUUUUGGAUUUGCAAGAUAUUUUCAGGAGGUUUUCUUUUGAUAGCAUUUGUAAGUUCUCAUUUGGGUUGGAUCCAGGUAGCUUGAAACCCUCACUGCCUGUUUCAGACCUCGAGUCAGCCUUCGAUCUGAGCUCCAAGCUCUGCGCCGAAAGAGGGUUGGCGCCGACUCCAUUGGUAUGGAAGAUGAAGAGACUUUUCAACUUGGGGAGUGAGAAAAAGCUCAAAGAAUCCAUCAAGAUUGUGAAAAGAAUGGCGGAUCAAGUGAUCAAGACACGAAGAGUAACUGGUCCUUCUUCAAACAAUGAUUUGCUUUCAAGAUUCAUGGGUUCCAUCAGUGAUGAUGAUUACCUCAGAGACAUCGUCAUCAGUUUUCUUUUAGCCGGAAGAGACACGGUGGCGUCCGCCUUGACCAGCUUCUUCUUGUUACUGUCACAAAACCCGAAAGUCGUAGAAAAGAUCCGUGAGGAAUCUGAUCGGGUCAUGGGCACGACCCUUGACACACUAGCCAGCUUUGGAGACCUACGACACUUGCAUUACUUACGAGCAGCAUUACACGAAAGCAUGAGGCUUUACCCACCAGUCCAAUUCGAUUCCAAGUUCGCAGAACAAGAUGAUGUUCUUCCAGAUGGCACUUUCGUGAGGAGAGGGAGUCGGGUCACAUACCAUCCAUAUGCAAUGGGUCGGAUGGAGCGAAUAUGGGGCCCCGACUCAUUGGAGUUCAAGCCGGAUCGAUGGAUCCGAGAUGGGAUGUUUAAACCCGAAAGUGCAUACAAAUACCCAGUGUAUCAAGGUGGAGUUAGGGUUUGUUUGGGGAAGGAGAUGUCAUUGAUGGAAAUGCAAAUUGCUUCACUGUCGUUGAUUCGGAGGUUUGAUGUGAGAGUGGUGAAUCCUAGUCAGACACUACGGUUUUCUCCGGGGUUGACUGCCAACGUGAGUGGUGGACUUCCGGCGGUGGUCCGACGAAGAGAUGUGCCGGAGUAGCAGUUGCAAUUAGGGGUUUGCAUUAGUUAAAUUUAUAUGUAUAAAUACACAUGCCGUAGGGAAUGAGUAUUUAACUGUGAUGGUUGCUUGCAUGCCACCCUAAUACUGUAAUUUGUAAAUAAAAAAAUGUCUUUAAUCCACUAAUUUUCUUGUCAAAGAA